AUGGCUACAUCGGCCACGCAAGCUGAGCCUGUCUCGGCGGUUAAAUCGACGCUGGCAAACACCAUCUUUUCGCUUACGAACAGGGUCAAAACUGCUGUGAACAAUAUAUUGCCCCCAGAACGACGGGAGAACUUAAAGCAGCAGCUUGUCGCUUUCGCUGUAUCUCAUCCUGUGCUAGCUACUCUGCUACUAGCACAGGCUGUGUUUUCUGGCAUUCCACUUGUGCUAUUUGUCGUCCUCACGAUUAGCGUACUCGCCUUAAGUCUGGUUGCUGCUCUGGUUAUCGGGGUCCUCGGUGCAUUGUUAUUCACUGUUUUCUGUGUAGGAUUUGGACUACUGGUCCUCCUCCCGACUCUAUUUAUUACUACUUUUACGGCAGUUGGAGUGUGGCUCUGGGGCUGGGGCGUGUAUUAUAUUGUGAAAUGGUUUCGAACUGCCGAUACUGAGCAGCUUACCAGGUUCAGCUCAGACCUGACUUCGCAAUUUCUGGGGAAGUCAAACACAGAAGAUGAGCUUGACCAAGAGCAGCACGAUAAACAAAAAUCGACUGCGUCUCACGACGAGGGGGAAACAGAUGAGGACUCCCCAGAGCAACCAGUAUCUCAUUCACAAGCGAUUAAUGGAACUACCGGGGUGAGACUGGUCUAA